AGAUUCUAAUUUCAGCAAUAUUUAGUUGCUUGUUGUCUUACUCGUCACGACUCUCUUUUCCCUUUUUCCGGUGGAAAUAAAACAAACAAAUAGGUCGCAAGUUGGAAAAUUGUGGAGGAGAACAAUCAAUUCAUCUUCUUCUCUUUCACAAAUUUCAGCAAAACUUUCCGAUUCCAUGGAAAUCGAAGUCUCUUGCUCGACUCAUGAUGCCGACAACAAAGGAAACCGCAUCGAUUUGGAUUGUAUCCGUGUCAAGCGGAAGACGUUGCAGAAUCUGCUCGAGGAUUGCCAGAGAGCUCUUCAGCUGCUAGAACUUCCCGGCGAUGAAAACGGUGGCGAACAGAGUGAAUCACCGGAGGAGGAGGAGGAGGAGGAAUCGGACAGGGAAGAGUCGUCUUCUUCCGAUCCAGGAGAUCCUGAAGCUGAUAAAUUUUAUGAUCUCAUCAAAUCUAGAGUUGAAUGUCAUGACUUUCGUGAAAAGAUAGAAUUAGCUCAAGUUUCAGUUCCCCAAGAUCUUGCUGAAGAUAGUAGCUCUUGGGACGUAGUUAGUGAAGAUGAUUUAUGGGAUGAGGAAUGUAUGGGUCAAAUGGAAGAUGAUUAUGUGGUUGUUAGAGAAGAAGAUAUAGCAGACGGUAUUGCUUGUUUCAUGGCUACAUAUUUAUCAUCCCUUAAGCAGACAAAGGAUAUAUCACCUGAUCAGCUUCAGAAAGCACUUAGCACGAUGUUUUCAGUGAAGAAGAGGAAGGGGAAGCUUCGCAAGGCAUGGGAGGGAAGUAAAGUUAUUUACAACGUUGCAUCAUGGAGCGCAACCGCGAUAGGGAUAUAUCAAAACCCGAUGAUACUGAGUAUUGCAUCCAAAGCAUUCUGGAUGUCGUGCCAGGCUAUAUCAAAGCUUGUCUGAACAAAUCUCACAUGAUGAUCAUAUAAGUCUACAAAAAGCCUUGGCAAUGUUUUAUAUCAAUUAAAUUAUCUCUGUACAAAUGUCAUUUGUUGCCUCUUCUAGUCUUCUCUCUGUGUGUGUUAUGCUCCUCUCUUUUCCAUUGUAUUCUCAACAUGCAAUUUUAGUGAUUGAUUUGAUCUUAAUUUGAUAUGGCAGCAUGUUAUGAAGUCA